UGUGGAAAUCUCGGAUCGGGCCGUUCAAAGGCGUUUAUUUUAAGGCAACAGCACAAGAAUGAGCAGCAAGACGAACAUAAAUAUAAAGAACAAGUUCGACCGUGUCGUCGUGCUGGUCGAUAUGGACUGCUUUUACUGCCAAGUGGAGGAGAAACGGAAUCCCGAAAUCAGUGGCAAACCGAUAGCCGUAGUGCAGUACAACCCGUGGCAGGGUGGAGGGAUCAUUGCGGUGAACUAUCCGGCACGUGCGAAAGGAGUCACACGGCAUAUGCGAGGGGAUGAGGCCAAGCAGCAUUGUCCAGAGAUCGAACUACCGCAGGUGCCAAAUGUUCGGGGGAAAGCCGAUCUCACGCGUUACCGUGAGGCUGGAAAAGAAGUGGCCGAAGUGCUGAAGAGCUUCACACCACUACUAGAACGGGCUAGCAUCGAUGAGGCGUAUCUUGAUAUCACGGAGCGUGUACUAAGCCGUAUACGCGAUAUGAACGAGGGUCGCUUCCAGUUGCUUCCGGACAAACUAGCGAAUACGUUCGCCGUCGGAUACGACAGUAUCGGCGAUUUUGUGAAAAAGCUUUCAAACACGUUCGACAGCAGUGGUACAGCGGAGCAGGGUACUCCGGAACAGCUGGAGUACAAGAAGAGUGACAUUAAGCUACUCGUGGGAGCAUCGAUAGUGAACGAAAUACGAUCGGCAGUCAAGGAAAAGACGGGUUACGAGUGUUCCGCUGGGGUAGCUCACAACAAAAUCCUUGCGAAGUUAACGGCCGGAUUCCACAAGCCAAACAAGCAGACGAUCCUGCCGAUCGAUAGCAUUGCAAAGUUGUACGAAACACUUCCCGUGAAGAAGGUGAAAGGAUUGGGUGGUAAGCUUGGUGAUCAAGUUUGUGAGUUGCUGAAGAUUAAGUUCAUGUCGGAGAUGGUCCAGUUCCCGGAGUCGCUACUGCAGCAACACUUCGACGAACGGCUCGGCUCCUGGAUGUACCUGAUGGCGCGUGGUAUCGAUCUGGAAGCGGUAACGGCCAAGUUCCAUUCCAAGAGCAUCGGAUGCUGUAAGCGAUUUCCGGGCAAGAAUGCCAUUACCGGGCUGGCCACAUUGCAGCACUGGCUGAAUGAGCUGGCAACGGAGAUCGUGGAGCGGUUGGAGAAGGAUUUGGAUGAAAAUAACCGCACGGCCAAACAGAUGACCGUCAGCUAUAGCCAGCAAUUCGGUGAUACGGACGUCUCUAGUACCCGGAGUGUGCCACUAGUGCUAUACGAAACGGACCGCAUUGCUUCCGAUGCGCUCGAAGCGAUCAAGCGCAAUACGGAGCGAUUUUUCAAGGCAGGUUCUACAACGGCACUACACAAUGCGAUCAAGUUUCUCGGCAUCAGUGCUGGAAAAUUUGAACCAAAUGGUGCCACUAAAGGAGCAGGGAUAAAAGAAAUGUUUCAAAGUUGCUCCGCGAAAGCAACCCAUACAAAUGUGGGUCCACUCGACGAUGUAAAGAAUGAUAGGCAAACCGCAGAUACUGAAGCUUCUUCCAGUGUUACCGUCGUGCCGACUAUUGAGCUAGUGCCUGAAGAAGCUGCUCCGGUGGUGGUGCAACCUAAGGCGAAGAAAGACAUAAAACAUUUCCUGCAGAAUGCUACCAAGGCAUCCAGGUCCGCCUCUGUGGACGAAUCCAGUUUGAAUGAGAAUAAGGAAGAACUAAAUGUGAGUGAAACCGUGGACAGUCAUCCCACCGUCGAACCAGUGCAGGUGAAAAAGGAUAUCAAACAUUUUCUACAACCGCGAGGUAAAAGUACCAGCGACGAUACAGCAAUUACUUCAGCUAAAAACAACCUCCUGGAUACCACAAAUGAACCGGCCAAUAGCGAUAAUUCUGCAUCGAUUGUGGAGCGGCCAGACGAAGGGAAUCGGCGAUCAGCGAUACCACUGGAAUAUUUGCUAGCAGCUGCCGAAGAGCUAUCCUCCCAACCCGUUUCCACAGAUCCAGCAACCGUUGCACCAGAGAGCCACCUAUCAUACAAGGAAACGUACGCGGAGUACAGUUUCCUUCCUCCGGCUGAGCAGGAGGCGGUCGCGAUCGCCACCGUGAAGUGCGAACAGUGUGGAAAACAAAUCCCGGAGGAUGAGUUACUGUCUCAUCAAGAUUUCCAUUUUGCACUACAGCUUAGCCAGCAGCAGCGUGAAGAGUUCCGGAGUGAAUUCAAAUCGAAAGUAGUGACCAACAGUGGCAUCACAAAUACAAACUCGAAGCCGCCCGCCCCAUCUGCCCCUGUUACCCCCGUUGUCAAACGGCAAUCGGCGGCUACUUCUUCCACCGCUUCCAUAGCCCGGUUUCUAUCAAAGUUACCAACCGAACCGGCACGAUCUAGUAGUGCAUCAGCGCGCACCAGUGCAGAUCAAGAGAAGCCCAAUGAAGCUAGUACUAGUGGCCAUCAACACAUCAAGUGUCCGGAUUGCGGCAAAAUGAUUAACCAGCUGGCGAUGGGUGAGCAUAUGGACUAUCACGUCGCCAAACAGUUACAGCUGGAACUGAACCGAACCGAGGCGAUGCAACUGCAGCAGGCUCCUGCCAGUAGUCAAAGUAGCGGUAGCAUAACAACAAGUGCAAAGCGGAAGCGUUCCGUUGCGAACGGAGAAGAAUCCAUAACGCCGCCGAAGCAGAAGGUCAAACCAGUAUCGUCAUACUUUUCUAAAUUGUGAAUAGAUCACGUAAGAUUGUUGUUACGUCCGAUAUUUUUUUUUUGCUUGUUACUGUAAAUGACCAAAAAAAUGUGUUUUUCUCAAGAGAAUAUAUUUACGGAUUAUUAAACAAAACUUUUCUUUAUACAGUAAAAAGAAUUCCACGUUGA